AUUUUACUGUCGCUGGGGCCGAACGUGCGCGCGGCCAACGAGCAAAUUGAAUUAAACGGAACUUUAAAAGAGCCGUUAAAAACGACAAAUUCAACUAACAAAACGCAUGUCAAGUGCAUUUCACAAUUGCAGGUGAAAUUUAGCGGCACCUUCUUUAAAGCCGGGCGCUAUCUUUAGGCCAUCUCAUUAAGGCCCAUUGCGGCAAGCGGCCUUUUAACUGAAGUUGGUGUUUUGUGUGUGUUGGCUAAUUCGCUAAUUCGCGCCCAGUCAACGCUAAUUGGCUAAAUCUGUGGAUUUUGGUCCAUAAGUAAAUAUCAAGUUUCAAUAUUUACCGUGUGCUCGAGAAAUUGAGAAUUGUCGGGUCUUGGUUUCAUUUCACCAGUUGCCAAUUUUCCGGUGAAUUAGAAAUCAGAAUCGAAAUUGAAAAUUGUUUGUUGUGUAGUGCCAAAAUAAAAUAAAUCAACUAUUUUCCGUUGACUCUGAUUGGAAUUCUUUUUGUUGAUUCGUCGAAUUGCUAAUCAGAAGAAUUGAAUUGGAAACCCUAAAGCUGCGCCAGUUCUUAUUUCAUCAGCCGGACAACAGAGAAGUCGGUUAGAUAGCACUUCAGCACUUUCCACAGCUAUGUAAAAAGCUGCCAAGCGAGCGAGCAAAACAAAUUGAAUCCCUACUCAUAACAAGAUAAACAACAACAACAACAAGAGCAACAAGAAGUUGAGUAGUUGCAACAAGGAAUCACAUCAAGCGUGCAACAUGAGCAGCAACCGCAGCCAAAUGAUGUUGAGCUGCCUAGUAAUUAGCCUAGGUUUAUUGGCACACACAAGCCAGGCACAGAUGCAUUCAAGCGUUGCCAGCGCUGGUGUCAGCUUUGCCAAUUCCGCCGCCCCCUCCUCACCACAGACGGAGGCGGGCGCCACAAAGCCGCACAAUCGUCGCAUGUACGCCAUGUGUCCGCCGCAAUUUCAACGUGUGGGCACCGAUUGCUACUCGCUGGUGUCACAGCGCAGCAGCUGGCUGGAGGCGCACUUCUUCUGCAAGGACAAGAACGCCAAUUUGGCCGAGCCCACAAAGUAUGCGGAUCGCAAGCUGAGAACCUUCCUGCAGCGCCAGGACUUGCUAGUCGGCGAACACGACCCCAUUUGGAUUGGCGCUACAUAUGAUCAUCACAACAAAUUCUGGCAAUGGAGCAUCAGCAGUCGCAACUUGACCUACAAUGCGUUCAGUCAAAUGGAUCCGACCUAUGUGCAACUUAUCUCCAACAGCAAGCCAUUGGAAAACAAUUGCGCUGUCUACGAUCCAAAUUUGAAGUAUCGUUGGUCCGCUCGCUCCUGCCCGGACAAAUUGCGUUUCAUUUGCCAGCACAAGAUGCCAAAAGUGAGUGAGGCGAAUCGUUAUAAGAUCUACAAUCGUUGGAAUGUCACCUAUCCCAAUUCGCUGGCCAAUGAGGUUGUACUGGAGGUCAUCGAUCGACGUGGCAAGGAUCGCAGAUAUCAUCGCCGUGUCAAGGCCGAGGGCAGUGCUGAGGAGAUGAUUAUUCCCGCUCGCAAGCGAGGUCCUGGCAACCGUCGCAAUCCACAACGCAAUCGCCAGCAGCAGCAGCAACCGUCGCUCCACAACGAGGUCAACUAUCCACAGCAGCAGCAGCAACGUCCUCGCAAGCGUCUACGUAUGAGCACAACUCCGGCGCCUUCAGCAAUGGUCAUCAGCAAUGAGGUGGCAUCCACAGCUGCUGGGCAGCCUGGCACGCCCACGACACAGCAACAGAUGACGGCCUACGAUCGCAAGUUGGAGCGUCAGCGGAUGAGGGAAAGACGCAGGCAACAGAAGAGGCGGGAACGUCAGCAGCGUCAGCGACAGGAAAGAGUCGAACGACGUCGUAAGAUGCAAGAGGAGCAACGCAAACGCAAGCAAAUGGAGGAACAGCAACGACAUCAUCAAGAGUUGGAAACACCACAGCAACAUGAACCACAAAGCGAACCAGAGGCACUGCGUCAACGGGCGCUAGAGGAACAGCGGAAGCAGGAGCAGGAACUGCGAGAGCAACGAGAGAAGCAGCAGAAGCAACAACGCAAAGAGGCCAAGGAGCGCGAAUUGCAACAGUUGAAUGAGAAACAGGAGGAGGAGGAGGAGCGUAAACGUGUUGCAGAUGAUGAAGGAGAGCGACUGCGGCUACAGCGAUUGCAGAAGCAGCGGGAACGCGAGGAGGAGGCUCGACGGGAGCGUGAAGAGGAGCUGCGCAAGCUGAAGGAGAAACAGGAGGCCGAUGAUGAAGGAGAGCGACUGCGGCUACAGCGAUUGCAGAAGCAGCGGGAACGCGAGGAGGAGGCUCGACGGGAGCGUGAAGAGCAGCUGCGCAAGCUGAAGGAGAAACAGGAGGAGGCCGAUCGACUCUACCAUGAGAAACGUUUAGCCGAGGAGCAGCGUCAGCGUGAGGAGCACGAGAAGCGAAUGCAGGAGGCCAAGUCGGAGCAGGAGCGUCGGCUGCACGAAGAGCACGAGGCGAAGCGACGGGAGCAGAAGGCCGCACAGGAGCUGCUGGAGGAGCAGGAACGUCAGCGUCAGGAGCAAAUCCGUCGCGAGCAGGAGGAGGAAGAGAAACGUCUGCAACUGGAGCGUCUAGAGGAAGCGCGUCGCUUCGAGCAGCGCGAACUCAGUCGCCUCCACGAGGAGAACGCGCGACGUGAGGAGCAGCAGCGUCAACGCGAUGCAGAGAUUGCCCAACGCAAGGAAGAGGAACGCAAACUGGCCGAAGAGGAGGAGCGAGUGCGUCAGGAGCUGCGGGCGGAGGAAGAGGCGCGCAACCGCCAACUAAAGGAGGAAAUGAAGCUAGCCGAAGAGGAGCGCAAACGAAAGGAGGAAGCCGAUAAGGCAGCUGCAGCUGCCAAGGUCGCGGCACAAAAGGAGAAGUUCGAGGAGUUCAACAAAAUUGAGAAUGCCCGUGUGGCUGACAAUCUUGAAGAAAAGCGUCGGGCAUACGCCGACCGCAUCGCCAAGCUGACGCCCGAGGCUCAGAGAAAGUUCGCCGAGAUGCGCAAGUUGCGCAAACAGAUGCGGGAGAAGGCGAUGAAGGCGCAGGAGCAGAAGAAACUCAAGCGGAUACAGGAGGCAAUUAGGCUCAACGAUAUGGAGUAAAUCACUCUCAAACACUCACACACCCACACACGCACACUAACCAACGCUAAUGCACAAGAACAACAACUAACGAAAACAUAUCGUCAACAUUUUUGGGAGUAAUUUCUUUAUCUUUUUUCUUUGUCUUUUGUUUUAUGCUUUCGAAAAAACACGCAAAAGUAUUAUAUACAAUAAUAUUAAAAAAAAAAGUUAAAAAAAAAGAAAGAAAAAUAACAGUUACAAUUGCAAUAGUUGUGCACAUUUUUUGCGAAAAUAUUUGGAAAUAUUUUCGGUCAAAAAUUGAACGAGUUUUAUGUCUCUCCACAAUGUACAGCUAAACUAUUAAAUAAAUAAAUAUAUUAUAAAAAAUAUGCAUUAAACAAAACUAUAGGCCUAGCAUAUAGACACAUUCACACACACACACACACACGCGCACAUACAGACGCACACCCACAGUGUUUCCUUAAUAACCGAAAUAGCACUUAGCAAAAGCAUUUUAAAUAAAAUAACAAAAGCGAAUAAAUAAGGCAAAACAUCAACACAAUUUUAACAAUUAAUAAGCACAAACAGAACAACGAGAAAAUAUAUUUUCUCAGCUUAUAAAAAUUAAAAUAAAAAUAAUAUGUUUACUACACUAAAACCCCCCUCGCUUCUCAAUUAGAAGAACGCCUCAAAACUCCCUCAUCGCCUCUACAAGUUUCUUCUACUGGCCAAGAAGCAGUAAGUUAUAAGAUAAUAAUAAUAUCAAAAAUCUUUUUAUAACACAACCUAUCUAUAACAAGCCUAAAAGAAAAGAUGUAAAGAUGAACAGGCUAAGCGAAACUAUUGUACUAACUAAUUAGGUUAUAUAUAUUUUAUAUUUUUAAUAAUUAUUGUAUGUUUAAAUGUAAAUUUAUUGUAUUUUUUAAUAUGUACCUCAAAUGCAAAAUGAAACAAAAAAAAUCAACAAAACAAAAACAUUAAGAAAAUCUCCUUUUACGUGUGACAUAAUUUUUAUUUCAAUCCUCAACUGUAUUUUUGUUUGUGUUAAAUAAAAUUUAAAAAUGAAAAGCAAUUUUUUGUAGCCAAGUAAAUGCAUUUUAAAGAAAUAUUACCAAGUAAACAACUAACCAAUUUUAAAAUAUACAUACAUAUAUCAUUAUUAUAUUAUAAACUAAACACAGAGAUCCAAAAUAGUCAGCAGAAGGUGAAUAUUUAUCAUUAUGAAGCAAAUAAUACAACACAAAUUAAAAUAUUUAA